GCAUGAGGAAGGAAUGUAUCCACCAUCGCCUCUUCCUUCUUGAUUCAAUUACUUAUGUUGUUUAAGGAAGAACAGCAAGGAGGCAGUGACAAAAAAAAUGUUCGGAACUGCUGGUCUAAAGGAAUAUUAUCACUCCUACUGCUCCACGCGCCGCUGGGACAAACUCAAGAUUUAUAUCUGAAAUAAUUUUCUCUUUCUCUCUACCUUUUUUUGCGGUAUAUAGGAGAAAAAAUAUAAGAAAUCACAG